AUGGAUUGCAUCAACAUAAUGAGUUGGAAUGUUAGAGGGAUGAAUAAGGUGAAUAAACAGAAGAUCAUUCUGGAUGAGUGUACGCUGAAUAAAGUUGGGCUUGUGGCUUUUCUUGAAACAAAAAUCAGGGGAGUUAAACUGAAAGAAGUUAUGAACACUAUGUUUUAUGGUUGGGAGUUUUACAGUAGUAAAAUUGUGGAAGGUAGAAUCUUAGUGAUUUGGAAUGCUAAAAUGGUGCAGCUGGAAGUGUUACAGGAAAGUGAUAAGCUCUUACACUGUCAAGUAAGGUUGCACAAUCAGAAUUUUUUCUGUAUUACUUUUGUUUAUGGAUCUAAUAAUUUUGAAAUGAGGAGGUCCUUAUGGAUGGAUUUGGCGCACUUGUCUUGGCCUAGUAAAGCUUGGAUGGUUCUUGGGGAUUUCAAUGCUGUUUUUAAUCCUAAUGAUAGAAUGGGUGGCCGUCCAAUCACAUUGAAAGAAAUGGAGGAUGCUAGACAAUGGUUAGAGCUUGGUUUGGUGGAAGAAAUGAAGACCAUGGCUUCGGCUGGGGUUCAGUGGGAGAUUGGUUCAGAUCACUCCAUGAUUUUGAUAAAGCAGCUGCCUGCUAUAAGGGUGGGGGUGCAACCAUUUCAUUUUUACAACAUGUGGAUUGCUCACCCUCAAUUUAGAGAAGUAGUUCUUAAUAAUUGGAGACAAUCUUUGAGAUUUUCUGGCAGGGGUUUAGAGCAAAUUAGCUGGAAGUUACUUCGGCUCAAGCAUAUCCUGAAGAAGUUUAACUGGAAGAUUAUGGGGGAUGUUUCUUGUAUUUAUGAGAGAAGCAAACUUGAUUAUCAGCAAGCUCAUUCUAAAUGUCUUGCUGAUCCGUCCAAUAGAGUGCUUUGCAAUGAAGAUUGGGUGGCUUAUCUUGAGUUUAAGAGGCAUGAGAAGUUAUAUGCUAGCUAUCUUUAUCAAAAGAGUAAAAUUGAUUGGUUACGGUUUGGGGAUGCCAACUCCUCAUUCUUUCAUGCCAGUUUAAAGAAAAGAAAGUUAGCUAAUAGGAUUGUCUCAUUUGUUUCUGCUGAAGGGAAAAUUGUUGAUGAUUAUGAUAAAGUUACUGCCCAUUUUCUGGAUCACUUCAAAAAAUUUCUGGGUACAGCUAGUAAAGCUUCAGGGGUUAUUGAUACUCAAGCUAUCUGUUAUGGAUCUGUUUUGAGCAGUGAAGACCAGCUGUGUUUGAUCAAACCAUUUACUGUCAAGGAGGUUAAAACAACUAUGUUUAGCAUCCAUUCUCUCAAAAGUCCAGGUCCGGAUGGUACUUUAUUAUCUCUAAUUCCGAAAGUUGAUCAACCAGUUAAUGCAUUUGACUUUAGGCCUAUUGCUUGUUGCAAUACUUUAUAUAAAUGCAUUUCCAAAAUGUUAUGCAAUAGGCUUAAACUUGUGCUUCCUACUUUGAUAAGUCAGAAUCAAGGGGCUUUUAUUAAGAAUCGCUUUCUUGUCCAUAAUGAUUUUUUGGAAAACCUUCUUAAUGCUUUGUUCUUUUCGAAGAGGUUUAUUAGAUGGAUUAUGGUUUGUCUCAGGGGUUCUUCUUAUUCCUUGGUGUUGAAUGGCAGUAUUCAAGGGUGGUUUCAAGGUGCUAGAGGUCUUAAUCAAGGAGACCCAAUCUCACCUUUAUUAUUUGUUAUGGUGAUGGAUUACCUUACUCGAUUGUUGUUAAAGACUUCUAAGGAGAAAGAGUUCAGGUUUCAUCCCUUAUGUAAGUCUUUAAAGCUGGUUAAUCUUUGUUUCGCUGAUGACCUUCUCUUGUUUUGCAAAGCUAACCAGAAUUUAGUCAAACUUAUUCAGCAAGUGUUUACUGUGUUUACAAACACUUCGGGGCUCUCUAUAAAUAAAACCAAAUCCAGAAUUUACAUAGGUGGGCUUGAUGCAAGGGAGAAAGACAGAUUGCUUCAGGAGUCUUGUCUAUUUGAAGGGCAGUUUCCCAUGAGUUAUUUGGGAGUUCCCUUGAGACCGACCAAAUGGAGGGCUAGUGACUGUGAAAUUCUUAUUGAUAAAAUGAGAGCUCGGCUGAAAGGGUGGGCUAGUCGUCACUUAUCAUAUGCUGGCCGGGUUCAACUAAUAAAUUCAGUUUUGUUGGGGAUUCGAUCUUAUUGGAUGAAUAUUUUCAUUUUGCCUCAAAAAGUUGUUAAAGCAAUUGAUAGUCUGUGUAGGAAGUUCCUUUGGGGUGAGAAGGAUAAUAGAAGUAAAAUUCAUAGGAUCUCUUGGGACCAUGUCUGCAGACCUAAAUGCUUUGGAGGGUUGGGGUUCAAGGAUAGCUCUUCUUGGAACAAAGGUGAUUCAAUUAGGGAGUAUCGGUUAAAGCAGGAUACCAGUUGGUAUUGGAGGAGAAUCAUUAAAUUGAGUCAUCUCUGGUCUGGUUCUGUGUUGAAUGCUGCGGUUAGGAAUGGAAAAAUUCAUCUGGGCACUCUGUACUCGAUUGUGUUUCCUGGAGAGCUGGUGCAGUAUGUGAAGGCUGUUUGGUGUAGACUCUCGGCUCCAAAGCACCAGUUCAUUCUUUGGCUUGCUGUGAACCAGAAAUUGCUUACCAGAGACUGGUUGCAGUCCUGUCAUGUUCCUCUUCUUUCAUUAAGCUGCCCAAUUUGUGGUCAAGAGGAUGAAAAUCAUACUCAUCUAUUUUUUGAUUGUGUUUUCUCCAGAAAAAUUCUGCUUGCUGUUCAGGGAUGGCUGAGAGGUUUAUCUUGGCCGGUUCAGUUUAGGAAUUGGAUCCAAUGGCGGUCUUUGCCUCGGGCUGGUUGGCUUUCGAUGAUUCUUCAUGCAACAUGUGCAGCAGCUGUGUAUCAUAUAUGGCUGAAUAGGAACCAUUGUUGGCUUGAAAAUUUCAGCUUACCAGUGUACAAGAUUGACCAUUUGAUUAGAUACUCAAUCAAAGCUAGAGUUUUGAAUUUAGUUGGCAGUAACUGUACUUAUAGAGAAAAGCAGAUGCUUAAGUUUGUUAGGAAUCUGUAA